AUGAAGUCAACAAAGCUGGCUGUGAUAUGCGGUUGUAGAACAUUCCACAGCCACUUUGUCGGCUCCCUAAUUGCUCUUCGACAGUCGCUGGCACAGAGCCCUCGGAAAGUGCAGAAGUUGCUAGUUCGCCAGUUGUCGCUCAUCAAAGCUGGCUGUGAUAUGGAUGGGAAACACACCACAACCACUUCGAGAGCGACACUCGACCAUAUCUCGAUCUGCCUACUUGUUGGGAGAAUUGUCACGCAGCCCAACUCGUCAAAAAUGGCUGUGAUAUGUAUGUAUACCAUGGCACAGCUAUUUUUACGAAUGGGCCACAGACUUCGAAGAGACCUUUGUGAGCUGAUCACCUCGAUACGC